UCACUUUCUCUCUGUCUCUCAUUCAACAUUUCAACUCUAAGGCCUAAGCCGAAUGCCGACUCUUCAUCGCUGCUGCGCCAGAGACGUCACUCAUCCCUCCAGCUCGAGUCCACCACCCAUUCGACAGACAGCUCUGGAGGUCUCGCCGGACGGUUCUGGAGGUCUCACAGCUUCUCGGAGACGACCUGGACGCGAGACUGCCAUCGGAGCAUCUAGACGACACAAUGGUGGGUGCUGUGAUGGAGGAAGGUUGUCGGAGGUCCAUUCAAUCCAUAAGAACAAACAACGCAUCAACAAUCCUGUGAAAGGAGAACAAAAAUCGAAAGAGCAGUCUGGGAACCCUAGAGUAAUCGUGGAGGAGCAGAUGGUGUCUAGACCAUCUGAGACAGAAAUUGGAGGUGAAAAACAGGUAAAAGGAUUCUCGUUUGCGCAGGAAAAAGCUACUAUUGUUGAUGAGGAACCAUCUCUGUUGAGCAAAGCCAAAUCUGGGGAGGUUUUCGAAGCAGAGAAGGGAAGACAGAACACAGGUUUCAGCACAGAAAGUGAGUCUAGCUUGGCUCCAGUGUGGGUACCUUACCUCUGCAACUCUAAGGCAAAUUUGCAAUUCCAAAGGCAAGGGUUCUCUGAAGAACCUGGGGAAGAGGAUAAUGGAUACUUGCAAAAGGUUGCUACAAAUGUAGGGUUUGAGCUACCACCACCUGGACAGUAUGCAGUUGGGAUGUUCUUUUUGCCUACUUCUGAAAGCCGAAGUGAGCAAAGUAAAAUUGUAUUUACAAAGGUGGCUGAAUCGCUGGGUCAUACAGUCCGUUGAUUCGAGCUGCAUUAAACCUCCAAUAUGGUGGUUUUAGAGAUUUCUAUAUAUGUUCUCUUUCCUCAAGGUGAGUUUGUCUUGAGUUUUACUUAGUGGCUAUUGCAUUUCUGUGCUACAAUGUCUCAAAUUUUGAUUUGCUUCCUGUAGGACUGUUGUCUACAAAUUAAAGGCCAGUUAAAGCCUGAUCAGUUGCAGGAAUACUACUAUGCAGAUCUUGGGAAUCAAAGGUGGAACCAUCAUGUAGAAGUAUCUGAAAAUCAUGUGUACAUGAUUACUGUAGUGUAGUCGUUAGAGAGACUAACAUGUUAAACCUUUCGUUUUAGUUUUGAAAUUUUAAAUAAUAAAGCAUCAUCGUCA